ACCAUAUCCAGCACCUCCGCUACCACCAACCACGGUCACUUCCACCACCACUACCUUCACCAUCAUUAUUACCUCCUCUUCUUCCUCUUGUCCCUGUUCUCAUGCCUCACCACCACCAGGGGCGCGGAGCUGUGCCAAGUGGAUCGACCCAGGAAGGUCAUCUAUCCCGGGAAUAGAUGGCAUGAGACAUAAUGAGGAGCAGUAAUGAGGAGACAGGGCGACGCGGGGCUGGGAGCGGCGGGAAGGCCUACAAGAUGGUGGGUUGGGCUGACUGGUUCAGGGGUGGUCGCUCAAGAGUGUACACCAAAACUAACCCACCCCCCCCUCCUCUCUCCUUCUGUCCCGGGGCGGACCUCACUCUCCGUUGUACUGUGGGGUUUCUGUUAUAAGGCUCCGUUGAUGGGGAUCACUACUUCUGGCCCUCUAGGCACCAUAGAGAAGACGGUGGUGAUGCAAACAGUGCAGCAGACAUUCCGAAAUUCCUCAGGCGGGUGGCAGUGGUGGCUGUGAGGCGGCCGGGCACCGCGGUCCGGGCGGCCUGAGCGAAUGUGAUUGGCUGUGGCGCGUCUGCCCCGCCUCCCGCCAGCUGGGCCACAGCUCCAGUCCGCGCCGCCCACAGUUGUAGUGAUGAGGUGGUGAAGUGAGGGAGACCGCGCAGCCCUGCCCCAGGAUCAGUCAGUGUUGAAGUGUGAGUGAUGAUGUGGUGUGAUGGUGCUCGCGGGCGGGGUGCAGCGUGACCAUGCGCGGUGUCACACCGCGGGAGUGUGCAGGGGGUGACUCGCAGGGCGGCCACGGGUGCUGCUCGGCCAGCCCGCUCUGCCGACCAUGACCAUGCAGGCCGCCAUCAUGCUCAGACUCGUGUUAGUGUUAGUGCUGCAAUGCCUGUUGACUAAUGGGCAGGGGCCGGGGCCGGGGCCGGGGUUUGAGGGGGGCGUGGAGGACAAGCUACAGGCACGGGCCGUGGACACCCGCGUCAAGUUCUUUGUGAUGGAGGGCAACCCGCCCAACACCUUCGUGGGUGUCAUCCCCCUCAAGCCUGGCUUCACCUACCGCUUUAAUGAAGCACCCAAAGAGUUCACCCUGAACGGCACUACUGGAGAAAUUCGCACCACGGGCGUGCUGGACCGUGAAGCACUCGCCACUGACCGCUUCGACUUGGUGGUAUUGUCCUCGCAGCCCACUUAUCCCAUCGAGGUGCGGAUUAACGUCACUGACAUCAAUGACAACUCACCCAGAUUUCCAGAGCCGUCCAUUCAUGUCACCUUCUCGGAGAGUGCCAAUGCUGGCACUCGUGUCAUCCUCGACACUGCUACAGACGGAGACGCCGGCGACAACGACAUCACCACCGAGUACAAAAUUGUGGACGGAAAUGAGGAUGGGAAGUUUAAAUUACAAGUAACAAUCAAUCCUUCUGGAGAGACUCCAUACUUGCACCUGGAGACGACGGGCAAGUUGGACCGCGAGACCCGAGCGAGUUACCAGCUCAACAUCUCGGCCCAGGACGGGGGCUCUCCGCCUCGCUACGGAUUCUUGCUAGUCAACGUGUCUAUCCUGGAUGUCAACGACAACCCGCCCAUCUUCGAUCACAGUGACUACAUCGUGUCGCUAAACGAGUCUGUGCCACCCGGCACCUCUGUACUACAGGUGCAGGCCACUGACAACGACGUGGGCGAGAACGCACGACUCACCUACUACCUUGCCGAGUCGGAAACACAGUUUGCCGUGGAUCCCGAGACCGGCGUCAUCAGCACCGUGGAGCCGCUCAGUUGUUAUCAAAAUUGUCAGCAGCUUCAGCCGUGCCCCAAGAGUUGUGUGUUCACUGUGUUCGCUCGAGACCACGGGUCGCCGCUCCAAGAUGGCCGCACUUACGUCACCGUCAACCUGCUGGAUGCCAACGACCAUGACCCGGUGGUCAACUUCAGAUACUUCCCCACCACAGCUGACUUUGCAACAGUGGACGAAAAUGCGCAGAACGGGUCUGUGGUGGCUGCUGUGUCUGUCAUUGAUGCAGACGAAGGCCCUAAUGGGGAAACUACGGUGGAAAUAAGAGCUGGCAACGAGCUCGGCCAUUUUACACUCGAUUCCAAGUCUGGGUUUGACAUUGUACGUGUGAGUGGUGUGUUAGACCGAGAGAAGAUAAGUAAAUACAAUGUAACAAUCGUGGCGACAGACAAGGGCACGCCACCCAGAUCGUCCACAGCCUUCCUCAUCAUCCACGUGAACGACAUCAACGACCACGAGCCCGUCUUCGAGAAGAGCGAGUAUUCAGCGGUGCUCAGCGAAUUAGUUCCCAUUGGCACUUACGUUGCUGGAAUUACUGCCAAUGACGAGGAUACAGGUGUGAACUCCAAUAUUUAUUACGCCAUCGUCUCUGGCAACGACAACCAGUGGUUUGACAUUGACCUUCAGAGCGGCCUCAUCACCACCAAGGCGCCUCUCGACAGGGAGGUCAAGGAUUCCAUCGACCUGAAAAUUUCUGCCAGGGACGGUGGCCCCAACCCAAAGUGGGCUUACACGCACCUCAAAAUAUCAAUAUUGGAUGAAAAUGAUGAGAGGCCAACCUUCGCUCGGGAAAUAAUCAAUGUCAGUCUAUCUGAGAACACGUCCCCAGACACCCUGGUCACCUUGGUGUUAGCUGUCGAUCACGAUCAAGGCACCAACGGCAGCGUCACGUAUAUGUUCGACCAGGAGGUGGAGCACAAUUACCCAGGAAUUUUUGCUUUGGAUGUUUCUUCUGGUCGCCUCACCACCAAAACUAAAUUAGACCGGGAAGCAAUGCCAGAGUACGAGAUAAAAGUGGUAGCAAAAGACCAAGGAAUACCUCCUUUGUCCUCUACAGCCACUGUCCUGUUGCAGGUGCAGGACGUCAACGACAACAGUCCUGAGUUUUAUCCUCAAAAAUAUUUUGUGGUGGUGCCUGAAGACCUUCCUCUCGGAUCCUCAGUCGUUCAGGUCUCAGCAACGGACAGAGAUGUUGGUGAGAACGCCGUUACCUCAUAUGAACUCAUUGCAGACGAGGAGAACGACAACACCUUCGAGAUUGACCCAGACAGUGGCGUAUUGAGCCUCAGCGGACGCCUGAGCCACAUCAGGAAGGCCCAGUACCGCCUCACCGUGGCUGCCAGGGAUGCUGGUGACAGGAAGGCAGUGGAGGACGCAACUGUGGAUAUUGUGGUGGAGAGCAACCAGAUCCAGCUUCUGGAGUUUGAGCAAAGUGAAGGAUAUAUCUUCUCACUUCCGGAGGACGUGGCAAAGAAGGAGCCUUCGGUGGGGCGGGAAGUGGGCGUAGUUAGUGUGCCGAACUCAGCUUCUGUUGGCGAAGUGAGCUACGCCAUAAUCGCUGGCGACCCGGACAAGGUAUUUACCAUUGAUGAAAGAACGGGCGCCAUCAGCACAGCGCGCCGAAUCGACCGUGAACAGGCUGCCUACUACAGCUUGCGAAUAGUGGCCACCACCACCUCAGCCUACGGGCGGACGUGGGUCAACAUUACAAUAGAGGACGUCAAUGACAACCCUCCUAAGUUCCCCAUCACGAGAGCCCAUGCCACUGUGGCUGAAAACUGGCCCGUGGGCCAUCAGGUGUAUCUUGCCCGUGCUUAUGACAAUGACCACGGUGAAAACAGCAAAAUAUCAUAUAAUCUUUCCAACAAUCCUGAUGACUAUUUCACCAUUUCGAGAACCAGUGGCAUGAUUUACCUCAAUAAGCCAGUCAAAUCCAGCAAGUCCAGUGUCUUCCGCCUGGAAGUGGCUGCCACUGAUGCAGGAACACCUCCACUUUCAUCACGUCAGAUUGUCACCAUCACCGUGGAGGAUGUCAACGAUCACACACCCAUCUUUGAGCACGGCUCCUAUGAAACGUCUCUGCUAGAAUCUACUCCAGUCAAUGACAGAUUCUUCGCCCUCACGGCCUCUGAUGAAGAUGAUGGAAUGAAUGGGUUUGUUUCCUAUGACAUAACAGAGGGAAACGCUGAACGCAAGUUUGGAAUCUUCCCUGACGGGUACCUGUAUGUACGAAGCGCCCUGGAUCGCGAGGCACAGGACUAUUUUGCGUUAACUAUCGUGGCGCGUGACCACGGCACUCCUCCACGAUCCUCCACAGUCUCAGUCGUCAUCCACGUCAUCGAUGAGAACGACAACGCACCGGUGUUCACAAACUCUACUUUUACUUUCUAUCUGGAUGAAAACGAGCCGCCUGACACCUAUGUGGGGAAGCUGACAGCAGUGGACAGGGACAAAGGCAGGAAUGCUGAACUGACUUACUCCAUUGCCACGAAUCAAAAUGAGUUUGUUGUUGACCCCAAAAGUGGUUUUCUAAAAACUUUACGUUAUUUUGACCGUGAGGAGCUGGUGCAGAGAUUGGGGGUGGACUACAUCACCAUGGAGGCCGUAGUCCUGGACAAUGGCAUCAAGCGCCUCAGGGACAAGGCCAAGGUCAACAUCUAUAUCACGGACGUCAACGACAACCCUCCUAAGUUCCUGCGGAAGCCAUACAGAGCAGAGGUGCUCGAGGGGGCUCUCCUCAACACCCAGGUGAUACGUAUCUCCGCCACGGAUGCUGACGAAGGACUCAACGGUGUGGUGCAGUACACUAUUGUGGACGGCAAUGAGGAGGGACGCUUCAAAGUGGACGAGAAGACUGGCCAGGUGACACUUGCACGACCACUCGAUCGAGAAUCAACCCCUCGUUAUCUGCUGACAGUGGCGGCGGCAGACCAGGGCAGCCCAGGCCUCACUGCCACAGCCACCCUCACCGUGGAUGUUUUGGACGAAAAUGACAACGCCCCAGAAUUUACACAAAGUGAAUCAGAAAUAUCCAUCGUGGAAACAACUCCUGUCAACACAGUGUUGGUUCAGUUCCAGGCGUCUGAUGCAGACCUGGGGGUUAACAAGGAGGUGUCGUUCAUGAUCGGCGGCGGUAACAUGCAAGAAGCCUUCCGUAUCGAUACUAAGACUGGCACACUUUACCUUGAGCGGCUGCUGGACUUUGAGAAGCAAAGUUUGUACCGCCUGAAUAUCACUGCUGCAGAUGGUGGCUCACCACGCCUCACAUCCACCAUAUCCUUCGUGGUGCACGUCCUCGACUAUAACGAUAACCCUCCCGCCUUUCCUAACACGGCUAUAUGGCGGCGAAUAGUGGAGGGCAUUCUACCUAAUACCCCCAUCGUUACUGUGACGGCAGAAGACCCUGAUUCUGGCGACAAUGGCAAAAUAAAGUACACCAUCAAAAGCCAGGAGCCACCUGGCAUGCACUUUGCAAUCGACGAGAACACCGGCAAUGUCUCCACCUUGAAAGAUAUUGAUCGAGAAUUUUCAGACACGUUCCGCCUCACUGUGGUUGCCACUGACCAGGCAGAGCCGAAGUCAGCUCGACGGUCGGCGGAGAAGCUUGUAACAGUGAUAGUGCAGGAUAUCAACGACAAUGCACCGCGCUUCGUGUCCAUGAAUGCAGGCGUGCUAUACGAAGGCUCUCCCCCUGGCACAGAAAUCAUGCGAGUGUCAGCUAGGGACCUUGAUGCCAACACUAAUGGCCUCGUGACGUACUCCAUGGUGUCAGGGAACAAGGACAUCUUCCGUCUGGAUCGAAUAACUGGCGUGCUCUCCGUGGUGAAGGAGCUCACUGACCCCAGUAUCAUGUACUCCGUCACUGUGCGGGCCACUGACGAGGCGGUGCAGUCUCAGCGGAAGUCCUCGGAUGCUUACCUCACCAUCUUGAGCGCCUCCUCCCAGGAAGGACCGAAGUUCACCCAAAACUCAUACUCGGGCUCAGUACAAGAGAACUCCGACAUAGGCACCUCCGUGGCCACGGUCACUGCCCGUCUGGGCUCCACCCCCAGCACAGACAUCGCUUAUUAUGUAGUGAAUGUGACGAGUGCUGACGGCCAGCCCAUGGACCGUAUGUUCACCAUGCAGCAACAGCAGCAAGGUGUGGUGGUGACUGCCGCUGUCCUCGACCGUGAAGACGGCCCCACCAACUACUUGGUGACGGUGGCCGCUGUAGUCACUCAGGGACACACGCCUCGGCUCUCCACUACCCAGGUGAGUCCCUUACACGCUUUAACAGUUAGUAUGAAGUGUGAUAGGCGAGACACUUGUCCCGCGCCCCUCCCUGGGGAGGCACUGUCACCCAGACCUUGCGCGCACUAAACUGUCCUCAUAAAAAAAGCUUAUGUCACAAGCGCGUGUCGUGUUGGGCCUCACCCAGUAUUAACCAGGACUCAGGCGCUUCAUGCUGCACUGAGUCGCCAUCCUCGCUGCAAGGCCACACUGCGCUCUUCAU